GUGAUGGUGGCCGUGGUGGAUGUAAGCACCCCACUGAAGACAAGGUGUGGACCUGCAGACAAAGGGAGCCUCUCCGACUGUGCACUUCUGCAUUUUGCAGACAGCCUGAGACCUGAAAGAUGUGACUGCAUGUGCGCGUGCCUGUCACUCUGGAGUCGUGGCUUAAAACAUCAGUCAGCGGACGCACACGCGGCCUUCAGUCUUCCCCACCCGUGGGCGCGGAGCACCUAGUCCAGGGUGGUGGUCUGCACCGCCAAAUAAAGGGAGCGAGUGAUAGCACUCUCCCGGAGGUCCCGCCUACGUGGAGCAGGGUCCGGAGGCGCAGCCGGGCGGCGCGAGUGGAGCGGAUCGGGGGCGUGGCGGAUCUGGCUUCAACUCACCUGUUUAGCGGUUCAGCCUUGUGCCUCACAUGUGAUUCUCAUUCUGACAUUUCUUUGUCUUGGCUUCCUGACAUUCCCCAGCUUCAACUGAGAUCCCAUUUUAGGUGUCCUGCCUGCCUGGUUCUGGGCCCCCAGCGGCACCACACUCCUGAGCCAAAAGGGUCUUUUCACUGUCUUCCAGUAUUCUCUGGCUCCUCUGCGGUGGACCUGGAAGCCCACUAGGACAGGCGCCCCGUCUCUUCUCCUGAAGCAGAUGCAAAGGUAGGAGAGUAUCCGAGUCCAGCCUUUCAGAGACUCAGAGCCUCGGGGAACUGAGAUCUGCAAGUUCCAUCUGUUCAUCCAGAAACUGGGGACCAAGGAAGAUCGAGGCUUGCACCUGUCAUACAGUGAUUACCAGCCAGCCUGGGCUAGAGCCCAGAGUCCUUGCUGCUUGGUCAUUUUCCCAUCUUCUGGAUAGGAAGCCUUUUGAAGGCAGGCACUGGCUUUCAACUGGCUGGGCUUUUAAUGACCAUAACUGCUGACCCGAAGGCAUUGGAGGGGAAAGUUAGCUUCUGAAUGUCCUCGAUAUUCUUCUACUGCCGUUUCUAAGUUCCCUCAGAUUGGGGCUCACUUCUGCUUUGCGGAAACUAUCUGCUUGGAGCCAUGCCUGAUUUAUAACAAUCUCUGGCAAAACCUCAGAAAAGAGAUAUGCUUUGGGGUUAGACGGACAUCAGAGGUAGCUGUAAGGCUCCGUGGAAAGGCUCCCCAGGUGGCAUGAGGCUUGGGGAGCCACGAGUCCAGCUGAGGGGCAGCCUCUUGGAGCUUUCUUCUCCUGAGGAGUGUGACACAGUUAAAAAGGACAAAAAAAAAAAAAAAAAAAAAAGAGUCACAAGCCAAACAGUUGCCAAUGAAAUAGGAGAAGGAGCACUUUCAAGCACUUGGGGCUGCUCCUGGGCGCUCUGAGCUUACCCACAGCCCAGGGAUACCCGGCCAUGGAGUGACACUCGGCUCAGGUCUCUGCACGAGAGAAGGAAUGGCCCGGGACAUCAAUCUGAAUUCCCUCCAGGAGUUGGAACGCGAGGUCAUCCUCCAGGUCCUGUACCGAGACCAGACGGUUCAAAACAUCGAGGAGGAAAGGAUCCGGAAACUGAAGACGCACUUGCAGCACCUCCGGUGGAAAGGAGCAAAGAGCGUGAGCCCGGAGUACAAAGAGAAGUCGUGUGCACGCUGUCAGCGUGAGCUGGGGCUUCUGCUGAACCGGGGGGCCGUGUGCAAGGGCUGCAGCCACCGCGUGUGCUCGGAGUGCCGAGUGUUCCUGAGGAAGACCAGUGCCUGGAAGUGCACCGUGUGCUUUGAGGACAGAAAUGUGAAAAUAAAAACUGGAGAAUGGUUCUUUGAGGAACGAGCCAAGAAAUUUCCAACUGAAGGCAAACACGGGACAGCCGGAGCAAAGCUCUUGCAAUCUUAUCAGGAACUGAGCAAAAUUUCUGUGGUUCCUCCUACCCCACCUCCUCUGAGCGAAAGCCAGUGCAGUAGCAGCUCAAACAGGUUGCAGGAACUUGGUCAGUUUAAAGGAUUUAAUAAAUCCGUGGAAAAUUUGUUUCUGUCUGUUACCACCCACAUGAAAAAGCUUUCCAAGUCCCAGAACGACAUGACCUCUGACAAGCAGCUCCGGGCCACGGGUCCCAGGCAGUGUGCUAGCCGGACGGAGAGGAGAAGCCAGUCUGACACUGCUAUCAACGUCACCACCAGGGCAAGCAUGCCGGAUAUUCUGAAACCUCUCAAUCAAGAGAGUCCCAAACGCCUUACUAGCCCUGUUUUGAAGCAAGAGGAUCUCUCAUCCACGCCAACGCCCAGCGCUUUAUUCUCAGGAGGUUUGAGACACGCCAGUCUAAUUAGCAUUAACAGCACUUGUACGGAGAUGGGCAAUUUUGACAAUGCUAAUGUCACUGGAGAAAUAGAGUUUGCCCUUCGCUAUUGCUUCCAAACCUGUUCUUUAGAAAUAUGCAUCAAGGCCUGUAAGAAUCUUGCCUAUGGAGAGGAAAAGAAGAAAAAGUGCAAUCCGUACGUAAAGACCUAUCUGCUGCCUGACAGAUCCUCCCAGGGAAAACGCAAGACUGGAGUCCAAAAGAAUACGGUGGACCCAACAUUUCAGGAGACCUUGAAGUACCAGGUGGAGCCCAGCCAGCUGGGCACCCGGUGGCUGCAGGUCUCUGUGUGGCACCUGGGCACGCUCACCCGGAGGGUGUUUCUUGGAGAGGUGACCAUCCCUCUGGCCACAUGGGACUUCGAAGACAGCACAACACAGUGUUUCUGCUGGUAUCCACUGAGGGCCAAGGCAGAGAAACUUGAAGACAGCAUUCUUCCCAGUAAUGGAGAACUUGCAGUCCGGGCCAAACUGGUCUUCCCUGCAGGGCCCAGAAAGCUCCAGGAGGCCCAAGAAGCUUUUCUUCCAGGGACAGAUCGGCCGUCCCCUAACGGUCAGCUUUGUUUUGUCGUGCUGGGAGCCAAGAAUUUGCCCGUGCGGUCAGAUGGUACCCUAAACUCAUUUGUUAAGGGCUGCCUCACUCUGCCAGACCAACACAAACUGAAACUGAAGUCCCCAGUUGCGAAGAAGCAAGCUUGUCCCCAGUGGAAGCACUCCUUCGUGUUCAAUGGUGUGAGCCCUUCCCAGCUGAGACAGUCAAGCCUGGAAUUAACCGUCUGGGACCAGGCCAUCUUUGGUGUGAACGACCGCUUGCUGGGGGAAGCCAGGCUCGGUUCUAAGGAAGACGGAGCUGCUGGUGAGGACUCAGGCUCACCGUCAGAGCGUCAGUGGCAGAAAGUUCUUUCUAGCCCCAAUCUGUGGACAGACAUGACACUCAUCCUGCACUGAAGCCAGGGUUCCUGUCUGUGGCGAAAGGGUCAAGUGUCGCUAGGCCUGACAGUUAGCUGAAGCCGCGGGCAUGGACACUCACCCUCUGCAGCUCUGUCCCAGAGCCCGAAUGUUCUUCCACAUCCCUGUGUAGAGCACUUGUUGCUAUUGUAUAAAUAAAGAAGUCUCAGUUUGGUUUUCUGUGCUUUGAGACAUGUGGAAAAUG